UUUUCUCUUUUUUUGCUUUCUUUUAUUUUCCUUUCUUUCAAAAAUAUAUACAAUAAAAUAUUAUCGACGAUCAGACUCGAGUAAUAUCCGAAUCAAAUUCGUUUUUCUAAUCGAAUGAGUUUUUCGUUUAUUAUUUAAUUGUGAAUGAAGGCACACGGAGAUAUAUAUAUAUAUAUAUAUAUAUAUAUAUAUAUAUAUGUCUGAGUAAGUGACAUUGCGUACGUAAAAAAAAAUAAGGAAAGAUUGACUAUUAUAUUUUCCGUGAUAUCAUUUCCAAAAGUUCUCCUACGUAACGUAUGUAUGCAUAUAUGUAUGUAUGUAUGUAUGUAUGUAUGUAUGCAUGUAUUUUCAUUGAAUCAUUUAUAAUAUCCUCCUCCGUCUAUCGAAGGAUCCGUAUAAUAUACAAAGAGUUUCAAAAAUAAAUCUCCGCGUCUACGAGAGGAACGUUUGGAUUGAAAGAUGUUGUAACACGUGGUCCAUGGCAUCGCGAUGAAGAAAUAUAUAUUCAAUAAGCGUUAAAAUAAGUAGAACGAAAAAGUGAUCACGUAAAAAGUUUAAGGGAAAAAAAGCAACGAUAGAUAUUUAUUUCCUGGUCUUUCAUAAAUUGAUACGUCAUGAAUUGAAAGCGUUCGCUGAUAAUAUCCUGUCGUUUUGAGAUAAGUAAAAUGUCACAUGCAAGAUUGGAGAUAUAUGAUCCAUUUGCGGAUCUCGAGAAACCUUCGAGAUGCAUAAAAUUCUUACGUCUUCUUUGGAAGUUUAGCAGAUGCGUAUUCUCUCACGUAACGUUGGUCUCCUUGGUUGUGGCAUAUUGUGUCAUAGGUGCAUAUGCCUUUGAAUCCCUUGAGGCAGAUCACGAGAAACAGAUAAAGAAAAACGUGAAGUAUCUAAGAGGAAACAUAACGGAAAAGCUAUGGAAAUUAACGAAGGAAGUUGAGGUUUUGGUACGAGAAAAUUGGACGUUGGACGCUUUACGAGAGUUACAGGGUUUCGAAAGCAAUUUGUUCACAUUACUCAGAAAAGAAGGUUGGGAUGGAAGCGAAGAGGAGAAUACUAUUCAAUGGACCUUCGCCGGUGCCCUCUUCUAUUCGAUUAUCGUCAUCACGACAAUUGGAUAUGGACACAUAGCACCCAAAACUAAAAAUGGAAAAGUCGUCACGAUAUUCUACGCUGUCGUUGGAAUACCUUUGAUGCUUCUCUGUUUGUCUAACAUCGGUGACGUAAUGGCAUCGAGCUUUAGAUUCUUAUAUUGGAAAGUAUGUUGCUACGUAUGUACGAAGCCACCAAAGAAGAGACGAUCACGUCCCAGUUUAGUAAGAUCCUACUCGGCAAGGCAAGCAGGGCGAUAUGAUGUCAACAACAGAGCUGCAUCUUUCCGACGUUCGAUUAGGCUGAGUCAGAGAUCGGCUGAUGGAACAUUAGGAAUUCCCGAAGGUUUGACACGAACCUCUUACUCGGAUACGGAUUGCAGGGAUAAUUCUCGACGUUUGAAUGGAAUGGACCAAAGGAGAAUCUAUUCUUAUCAGUUAUCUUCUCCUACGGCAUUAAGGCCAACGACCUCUUUCAGAAAUACGGAUAUACCUUUAUCCUCUCUAAAAUUAACAAAAGGUAAUCCUAGAUUAGGUACUCAGUCUCUCGAUCGAAGAUUAACAAGUGGAACUGUAGAAACUGAUCAUUCGCCUGUUCUAUGUAAUAAAUAUGCUUUGGAUGAUGUCGACGAUGAUUUGUUUUUAUGGCAAUCUACGUCACGAAAUAAACCCGAACACGUCAACAAGUUUGGUAAUCGUGCACAAGUAGAAGAUAAAUUGGAUGACAUCGAAAGACAGCCUACAUUGAUAACUAGAUCAUUACCACGAAGAUUUCAUUCGGUGGAAACUGCUAUUCCACCUCCACAGAGAGCAACAUUGUCAACUCCGUAUCAAUUAUCAUCAGGCCAUUUAUCAGGAAUCGAACAAAACAGAAGAUAUUAUUCGGAAAGGAUCAGACGGUCGCCAAGUAAUUAUUCCACUGCACGUUUUCACAGGCGAGAAACAUCGUUACCGAGAAUUAUGUCGCCAAUGGGAUUUGCGAUGCACCGACGUGCUUGUUCCGAUGACAUAGAUGUUGAUUACGAGUUUUACACCACAACCGACGAACAAGAAAGACAACCGAUAAAACCAGUGCCUAUUUGGCUUUGCGUUUUUCUCGUUGUUAGUUAUAUAUUGGGCGGUGCUUGUCUAUUUAGUAAAUGGGAAAAGUGGACUUUUCUCGACAGCGCUUAUUUCUGCUUCAUUACUCUCACUACUAUAGGGUUCGGUGAUUUUGUGCCGAAUAAAUUAGACGCUCACAAAGGAAUAGCUCUGUGCUCGUUGUAUCUUUUAUUCGGAAUCGCUUUAUUGGCGAUGAGUUUCAAUUUGGUUCAAGAAGAAGUGAUCAAUAACGUUAAAAGCGUUGCGAAAAGUUUGGGUAUACUGAAAGAGAGUGACGACGAGGACGACGAUGACGAUGACGGUGAGGAUGAUUACAGGUACGAUGCAGAAUACGAGGACGAUGUCGAUGAGGAUGAAUUUGAACAACGAUGUGAUAACAACCAAACAAAAACUUCUUAUCUCGAUGAACGUCGAUGCUAAUUUUUUUUAUCUUUCCUCUCUCUCUCUCUCUCUCUCUCUCUCUCUCUCUCUCUCUCUCUCUGCUCUCCC